CUGAUCCAACUCGACCUAAAUUUGACAUUUUGGACUCAGAAGGACUUGAGUACCACCGUUGGGUUUCCGAUGUAGAAACUGCCUUUGUGGCAAAAGACUACACUGCCACCAUCAAAACUCCCACUGACCCCAGAGACGAUGGACCGUCUGACAAGGUGAAAGCAAAUGCCUUAAUGUUUCUGAGACGACAUAUGGAUCCUAGCCUACGCUGGGAGUAACUUCAGUUGAAGACACCCAAAGAACUGUGGGAUGCUCUUAAGGGACGUUUUGGGAACAUUCAUGACACCUUGCUCCCAGAACUGACCGUUCAGUGGAAUGAAAUCCGCUUGCUUGACUACAAAAGGGUCAAUGACUUCAACAAGGACAUGUUGCGCCUCAAGGCACGUCUAAAUUUCUGUGGAAAGGAACUCACAGAAGAUUAUAUGAUCCAGAAGACUCUAGAGUAUGACAACAAAAGAAUCACAACCUUCAAUAAGCUGAUCAACCUACUGCAAGUGGCUGAGAGGCAUGAUGAAGUUCUUUUGAGCAACAAUGCCAGGCCCAUUGGGACAAAGAAAAUUCCCGAGACUAAUUAUGGCAAAGUGAAAGAUGGAAAGAACCCCAAUGCAAAGGGGGUUAGACUUGCUAAUCCCUACCCACGUGGCAAUAAUGCACCACAUGGCAAGGGACAUGGGGGUCGUGAUAUAGGUCGUGGAGGCCCUCCCAAUAUAUGGCGCAGAGAUGGUGGUGUUGGCCCUAGUGGUAAUGGAAACAAGGUGCAAAGGGCACCCAAGAACCCUUCAGUCAAACCGGAUAGAGUUGGCAAUGAACCAUGCUAUAGGUGUGGAAUCAUUGGGCAUUGGUACAAGAACUGCCAAGCAAGCAACACAGUAGCAGCCACUUACAAGAGAUAUAGGGAGUCUAAAGAACAAGAGGCUCACUAUAUGGAAGAAGGAGGCCAUGACCCAGACGUCAACCUCACAAUUACAGACUUUAAUGGCAAUAAGGAACUUGCUCAGUCAAUCGAUGCCUGAUAGGAGCAUAAUAUAAGUUAACUUCGACAGAGUACUGAGAGCAGCUCAGAAAGAACCAGAUAAUGAUCUUUCUAUUGUUGGAAAACUUCAGAUGUCUAGUUUCCACAUCUUUUUACGGUUCGUCGAUAUCAUUUUUCUAGAAGAAGUUAUGGCCGAUUUAGUACAGUAAGGUCAAGCUGCGCGUGAAUCUGGUUUUUGACGGAAAUUUAUAUUUACAUGAAGAUUCUAGAGUCUAUGACGUCCAAAGGCUUCCUCAAUCAUACUUGGAUACAAAUAGGAGAUGAUUACUCAAUCUUGAUGACAUGGAAUUAUUUUAUUGGUUUGAAAGUAAUUAAAUUGUGCACCAAUCGAAGGAAACCUCAAGCAAAUUACAAGCAGAGUUAAAGAAGGAAACUAGGGUUGUGUAUCCCUAUAUAAAGAGCCUCUGCAACACAAUGAAGAGGACCGCACCCUCCACCUUCUCUUCUACCUCUCUUUCUUGUUCCUCCGCCACCAUAUUUUUGUUUUUCUCUAUUUUUAUGUAUAACUAAAUUACUUUUGUUAGGGGCGAGGUUUG